GGAUUUUAAGUGUUCCAGGACUAGCUGUUCUGCUACUCCUAGUUUUCCCUCCCCUCCCCUCCCUGGCCCUUCUGCCCCUUCCCCUCCUGCAGACUCAGGGGACCCCGAAGGUGGAAGGGAGCUCCUACCCAGGGGGAAGAAAAGCCAUCCAAUUGCCCCAGCUGCCCACACUUAGUUCUCAGCUGCCCUUCCUCGCCCCUCCAGCUACUCCCUGGGUCUGAAGCACUAGCCCAGUUUGAAACACCCCUCCCGCUUUGAAGGAGGCUGGGCUAGCCAGGGGGUUAUUUUGGGAGCAGCUUCUGAGAUCCAAUGGCCUUGUUAGGGCAACACUGACCUUUCCAUCCCAGGAGGAGGGCAGGAUCCAGAGGGGCGGGGCAGUGGCAGGGAGAUCGACAGCCCCGCACACCCACUGGGUGGAGAAGGGGGCCAGCUGGCUUCAGGAAUUCAGCCUCAGGCUGGGGGCUGUCACCAAGGAAGAAUUUACCCUCUUCGAAACAGACUGGGGACCCCUCCACCCCACCCCUUUCACUGUGCUUCUUAAAGGGAUCACACCGUUUUUCCUUUGACUCCAGGGAAGCCAGACUUGGGACACUCUAUGGAGACUUUGAAUCUUUCCCUCCUGCUUCCUUCCCAACUGGCAGCCUUCCUCUGGCUGGUUGAGUGGGGACCUCCCAGGCAUGGCACUGACCAGCCGACCCGGUGCUGACUUGGCUCCUGGGCUCAUUCAGCCUCUGGUGGCAUCUCGCUUUCUCCCUCCUGGGGCACAGUGGUGAGUCAGGGGCGCCCAGCCCUGAGUGUGCUUGGAGCGUGUCACUGGCACCCCCCAUUGCCCUCUCUUCCCCAAGCUGGAGGACGGUGAGGCUGUCAGGGGCUACGAUGAGAUGAGUGGGGGCCGCUUUGACUUUGAUGAUGGCGGGGCAUACUGUGGGGGCUGGGAGGGGGGAAAGGCCCAUGGACAUGGACUGUGCACGGGCCCCAAGGGCCAGGGAGAAUACUCGGGCUCCUGGAACUUUGGCUUCGAAGUGGCGGGCGUCUACACCUGGCCCAGUGGGAACACCUUCGAGGGAUACUGGAGCCAGGGCAAACGGCAUGGGCUGGGCAUAGAGACCAAGGGGCGCUGGCUCUACAAGGGCGAGUGGACGCACGGCUUCAAGGGACGCUACGGAACUCGGCAGAGUGGCAGCAGCGGGGCCAAGUAUGAAGGCACUUGGAACAAUGGCCUGCAGGACGGCUAUGGCACCGAGACCUAUGCAGAUGGAGGGACCUACCAGGGCCAGUUCACCAACGGCAUGCGCCACGGCUACGGCGUGCGCCAGAGCGUGCCCUACGGGAUGGCCGUGGUGGUGCGCUCGCCGCUGCGCACGUCGCUCUCGUCCCUGCGCAGCGAGCACAGCAACGGCACGGUGGCCCCGGACUCGCCCGCCUCGCCCGCCCCCGACGGCCCCACGCUGCCCCCCGCCGCCAUCCCGCGCGGCGGCUUCGCGCUCAGCCUGCUGGCCAACGCCGAGGCGGCGCGGGCGCCCAAGGGCGGAGGCCUCUUCCAGCGGGGCGCGCUGCUGGGCCGGCUGAGGCGCGCCGAGUCGCGCACGUCUCUGGGCAGCCAGCGCAGCCGCGUCAGCUUCCUCAAGAGCGACCUCAGCUCGGGCGCCAGCGACGCGGCGUCCACCGCCAGCCUGGCCGAGGGCGCCGACGAGGCCGCGCCUUUCGAGGCCGACAUCGACGCCACCACCACCGAGACCUACAUGGGCGAGUGGAAGAACGACAAGCGCUCGGGCUUCGGCGUGAGCGAGCGCUCCAGCGGCCUCCGCUACGAGGGCGAGUGGCUGGACAACCUGCGCCACGGCUACGGCUGCACCACGCUGCCCGACGGCCACCGCGAGGAGGGCAAGUACCGCCACAACGUGCUGGUCAAGGGCACCAAGCGCCGCGUGCUGCCGCUCAAGAGCAACAAGGUCCGCCAGAAGGUGGAGCAUAGCGUGGAGGGCGCCCAGCGCGCCGCCGCCAUCGCGCGCCAGAAGGCCGAGAUCGCCGCCUCCAGGACAAGCCACGCCAAGGCCAAAGCUGAGGCAGCGGAACAGGCCGCCCUCGCUGCCAACCAGGAGUCCAACAUUGCCCGCACUUUGGCCAGGGAGCUGGCUCCGGAUUUCUAUCAGCCAGGACCGGAGUAUCAGAAGCGCCGGCUGCUGCAGGAGAUCCUGGAGAACUCAGAGAGCCUGCUCGAGCCCCCGGAGCGGGGCCCCGGGGCGGCGGGGCCCCCACCGCGGUCCCGCGAGAGCCCGCAGCUGCACGAGCGCGAGCCCCUGGGGCCCGAUGGCGGCCCCCCGUCGCCGGCCGGGACGCCCCCGCAGCCCAAGCGGCCCCGCCCGGGGGCGACCAGGGACCGCCUGGCGAGCCCGGGCGCCUGGAACGGGGAGCCGGGCGCCGAGGGCAGCCGGCCGCUCACACCGUCCGAGGGCGCGGGCCGCCGCAGCCCCGCGCGGCCUGCCGCCGAGCACAUGGCCAUCGAGGCGCUGCAGCCGCCGCCCGCACCGGCGCAGGAGCCCGAGGUGGCGCUGUACCGGGGCUACCACAGCUACGCCGUGCGCACCGCGCCGCCCGCGCCGCCGCCCUUCGAGGACGAGCCCGAGCCCGAGGCCUCCGGGCCCGACUCCGCGCCGCCGUCGCCGGCCGCCGCCCCGCCGCGGGCCCCCGAGCUCGCGCCCGGGUCCCCGGCCAAGCUGGAGCCAAAGCCCAUCGUCCCCAAAGCCGAGCCCAAGGCCAAGGCCCGCAAGACUGAGGCCCGAGGGCUGACCAAGGCGGGGGCCAAGAAAAAGGCUCGGAAGGAGACGGCGCAGGCAGCCGAGGCCGCAGUGGAGGUGGACGAGGUCCCCAACACCGUCCUCAUCUGCAUGGUGAUCCUGCUUAACAUCGGCCUGGCCAUCCUCUUCGUUCACCUCCUGACCUGACCCUUGUCUACCAG